AGUGAAAAAAAAAAUGCAAAAGGCAGCGGCACAGUAAAGCAGCACAGAAAAUAAAAUAAAUAAUAAAUAAUAAAGCAUCAAAUUUCUUGAACAGAGAAGCUCGCGAUUUUUUUCCAGAGAAUUGGAAGCAGGGACUUAACUUCAAAACAAAAAUAUGGCUAUGUACAUCCGUGUGAAGCGUAGCAAGACAACAUACUUUAUCCAAUGUGAUCCCACUGAGACUACCCUAGAUAUUAAGCAAAAGUUACAUACCCUCAUUGAUCAACCUGUUAAUGAUCAGCGUUUGAUCCUAUUGAAUUCUGGGGAAAUAUUAGAGGAUUCAAAAACUUUGGCUGAUCAGAAGGUUGAAAAUGAUGCUGUUGUGGCACUGACCUUCAGAAAAGAUGACAAUGAGUUUGAGGAUGUCAACAUAGUACAAGCAACCGAUUUCUACCAAUCUCGUGAUGCAGACGGUGGAAAUUGGUGAAACUACAUUGUGAUCUGAAAAAGGAAAAGCUCGUGCAAAAGGAGAUUCAGCAGUGCAGGCAUAUCGUAGUCUAGAUAUUUCAUUGUUGGCUAUCUAUGUUCCAUGAAACAUAAUUUUUACAGACUGUAAUUUCAUGUAUUAAGCUUCCAUGAAACUCGUUUCCCUUUUUAACGGGUGGAAUUUGACUCUUAAAAUUUACUGUGAAGAGGAAACUUUUAUGGUUCCUAUUGUUAUAUUGCAUUUUCUUCAUCUUAGCGAUGGGUUCAUACAGUACAACCCCAGCUAUCCCAUGAUGUCAAACCCACUUUUGUGAGUUCAACUCUUUGACAAGUACUA